AUGACCAAGAAAGUAAUAACACAUAUUGCUUCAUGCGUGGUGUUACUAUUCGUGGUUACGAGCGUGUGGGCCGCUCAAACAAAGACUCCAACCAACGUUCUCGAGAACAGGAAUAAGGCGUCCUUGUGCCAACUUGCUCAUGGUUUUGCCUCAUUUAGGAAUCAUCGAACACCCGAUAGCCUCUACUCUUCAACACAUACCCUUACUGAUUUUUCAUGGCUCGAUGAUGCGUGCGCGUUGUGGAGUACUAAUGAUGCCCAAACGAAUAGCCUCGAAUUUUCAAAUGAUUCUGGAUGGAUUACUCUCUCCUCAUCAUCUUCGCCAUCAUCAUUAUUGCACAUUGAACAAACCUUCCUUCCGAAUUCCAUCACGGUCCAAUCGGCACAAUUAAGACGACAAUUCUCCAUGCAAUUUCAUCCUGAAACCGAUGCUGUCAAUAUGACCUUAACGCUUCAUUUGAAGAGUACGAUCGUUGGUAGUGUGGCCGGAGUGAAAUUGCAAUCAUCCAUACCUACCACGUUAGAGUACACGAUGAGUAAGCGAACCGGCUCUCCUUUACCUUUUUCUGCAAUACCUUAUUUUCCUCUCGGUUGGGAUGGUUCCAUGAUGUCGUCGGAAUCGUGCAGUUCUGGUAAUGGCCUUUGUUUUUUGGAUAUUAAUUUAUUUGAUGGCAUUGAUCCGUUCAUCAUCAUGGUCCAAUCCACAACUACUGCUGUUUUCAAAGAUGAUGAAUUGUCGACAAUCAACAACAAUGCCAACAAUAUUGCAGCCUCGUUCAUGUAUUUGGCCACACAAUUUGGAGUUCAUGCCUAUUAUUCAGACUUGUCUCCAUUCAGUUUAAAGUCCUCAGCUGUUCGAGGUGUCUUUUUAAACAGUAGCAAAAUCAUGGAUGACACAAACUCACAACAACACUUUGCUUUAUCAAAACUUUACAUGCCACAAACGAAUUCGUUCAGUGAGAUGGGCGAUUUAUUUCAAACGCAGGUAUCAUGUGAAAGUGGCACAGACGACUCUUCAUGCAUUGGUUCAACCUUAAUCGCAUUCAAGGACCUUCUCAAAGAGGCAGUACAAUCGAGUGGUAAAAGUUGUGACCUUUCUCAUUUACCACCAUCGUACAAGACCAGCUUAACAGCAAUGGUUUUCAUUAGCCAAGACAAGCUCUAUCCACUGGGCUUCUCUGGUGGCUCUCAAGUGGUCAUGCAGUGCGAUUCCAUGGGGUACACUGGUAUCAGAAUUAAUAUUGAAGCCGGAACAACCUCACAAGGAAGAGCAUGGCCACUUCCACUAUUCACCGAUAGUAUCAAGAGUGCAACAACAUUAAUCCGCUCUGUUCCUUUAAAAAUUUCUGGUUUUCUUUUGGGAAGAAUUGAGCAAAUCAAUAACGCUCAUGAAUGCUUUACGUCAAUACCCAAUGACAUAUUUUCAAGUAAUCCAGGAGGCUUGUUUGUACGAGAUGCACCUUUUACUGAAGAUAGCCUUACUGUUUUGUUGCCAAGCUUGUUGCAACAAAUUAAGACUGCCCUUCAUACGAAUGUGCAGCCUUUGGAUGAUACAUGCUCCCAACUAUUUGAUGAACAGAAAGCGAAACAAGUGGCUCAGUUUUACAUCGAUAGAGUGACACCAUUUCCUACAGUGUUGGGAUUUUUACAUUACUUUGCUGAGCAGCAUCGCGAUGUUUUCUCCCUCUUGAUACAGCAUGAUGGAAAGACGGUGCUAGAUUUUUCAAUGGUACAAACCACAAGCCUUAUCCUUCGAAAUGAUCGUGCCAUAACUCUCAUCAAUGCCGAAUUGACAACCCUUUACAAAAAGUAUCUCGAAAUAUUUUCUAUUGAAAGACCAACCAAGUUGAUCGAUGCAUCCACUACUAUGAAGAAUUCGUUAUUCAGUGGUGCUCUUACCUCUGUGUUGUUCAUUGAGAAUGUUUUCACAAAUGUCUCUGUUGCGACAGAUUCCGCAUCAUCACUAACUGUUCAUGGAGUUGUGUCAUUUUCAGCCGUCUUUGAUACAUGGAACACGUUUUUUGAGAUUUACGCGACCUAUGACUACUCAACCAAUAAGGUAUCAAUUAAGGCUGCAAGCUAUAACGACGACAGUAUCGUAUAUGCUACUUUGAAUGAGAAGGGAGAUCUUGUGUACACAUCCAAUAAUCAUUUUGUUUCUCCACAAGUCAUGAGCGGUUACGUCUCAACUCUUACUUCCAAUUUAGAUGGCCUUCACAAUAUUAACAAAACCUUACCACUUAUAGAAAACACGUUCACAAUGAUAACGCAACAAUACGGUAUCGAGACUGUGUUAACCAUGCUUUCUCACACCUUGAAUACCUUGGGCAACUCGAUGGACAUUAUUAAUUUAUGUAUGAAGAUUGAACAAUUUUUCAAUCUGUUAUGUGCGAGCGAAAACUGUCAAAGUGUGAUUUUGGCAACUGCUCAAAUGAAAGGAACCGCUAUUUCAUUGAGUCUUUCUGUUCACAAGUUGCACAAGUUAAAAUUAUUAGAUGGAGCGUUGGAAGUAAUGAAACGAGCUCCUACAGUGGGUGCCUCCACACAACUGACACUCUCCAUGAAUGCUCUUCUUUCAGCCUCUCCUUCUUUCACACAGUUUGCUAUUAAGGGUAAAAGCGUUCAAACAGGUUUUAUGAUUCCGUUAAGAUAUAAUAUGCAAACAGGUACUCUCACAGAAGGGAUGAUUUCCUUCAAUAUAGACAUGCCAAAUUCUGUUAAAUUCACUGCAAACCUAAAUUUCAGCAAUGAAUUAUCUCAACCUAUAACAGUGGCAAUUGACUCUGGUAACUUGUUAAGUAUUGGAACCAUACCAAGUGUGGAACUUAAUGGAGAUGGUAGCACUUUGUUCGUUCCAAAUCAAGCUGUGUUUUUCAAUAUGAAAGAUGUUGCCAAGGUAUUGACUCAAUUGAAUAAUGGACCGCUUAACUUUAGAGUACCAUUUCUAGACGCCUCUUUGAGCUCGCUUCAUAAUUGGGAUGAUUUUAUUGAUAACACAUUUGUUCAGAUACCCUAUCCCAAAACAAAGACAUCGCUAGGAGAGCCAUUGUUAACCUUAAUUUUGUCCGAAAUGCAAAAUAGCAUUCCAGAUCUCAAUAUUACAGUCAAUGGAAAAACUUAUCCAUGUCCAAUCAACAACAUUGAUCCACAAAACAAAUUGAAGAGUAUGAAUAACGGAUUUUCUCAAUGCGGUCUUGAGGGCAUUGUAGUCGCCAAAGAAAGUACAGCCAUCGCAAAUGCAAUUGGUAUUCAUGAAGUGGUGGAUAACAGUUUAUUCGAUCUUAUUUUCAAAUAUGAAGACUUUGCAUCAACGGAGCAAGUACUUGAGUAUCAUGCUCCAUUUUAUCCUUGUUUUACCACAUGGGGUGAGGUUUCGUGGUUGGUUCAUAUUUUAACACGAGUUCCCUUCUCUCCUCAUCAAUUUGUCAAAGUACCAACAAAAUCUUUACAGAUACCAGAAAGUAUGAUGAGCGUUUUCCCAUCACAGCUUACAGCAGCUUCCAUUGAGUUCAACUUGAAGGAGGCAUUUACUUCAAGCUCCAACAUGUUUUCUAGCCUUGAAAGCUCUCAAAACAAAGUAGAAUUACAAACAAAAGGCACAGCAUCAAUCACAAACCGAAUUCAUUUUUCUGGAAAAUUUGGAACCGUUUUUUCUUUAUACGGCUUGUAUAACAUCUCCAUUCUAAGUUGCGGCACAAACGACUUCUCAAUUGACACCAUAAUAACCAAUCCAAACUAUGAAUUUACCUUAGCAAUGGAAGCUCAACAAAGAUUCAGUGACCAACGUUCUAAAUCACUUAAAUUUACAUUCACAUUCAAGCUACCAGUAGGAAGAACGUUUAAAGACGUAAUGCUGAAUUUAUUACCAUCAAACAUUGACGAAACUAUUCGCCCAAUGUUUUCUGUUGGUGUUUAUGAGGGAAGUGACACGUUUAAAUCUUUGGAUCAGAUUCAAAUUUCUUUGAAAUCUUACCAACAAGAUGAUCAUUCCUAUUUACUACCAAUUUCAAUGAGUAUUUUAGACUCAACGAUACCAAUUUUAUGUAUGGCAUCUCAAGUACCUCCUACCUCCUUACCAAUUACUUCUGGUGUCACAAUUCAGUCACAAAUAACUUUCAAACCUUCUGCAAACCUUCCUAUUUCACUUUCAUCAGGAUCAAUUGGUGUUUUUGAUCUUGAAAAUACCGAUUCUACGUUAACAGGAUCUGGAAUUUUGAAUCUGGACAUUUCACUCAAUAAGGAUAUUGUUCCAAGUUUUAAUGUUCUGAGAGCAUCGACUAACAGUACCACUAUGUUCGAUAUUUAUGAUAUCAGUAUUGCAUCAAACGGAGAAAUAACAUUACCUAACCCUACUAUUAAGGCAAGAAGCGAUUUACCUCCGCUUGACAGUAUUUCGUUAAGCUCUAAUAAGAUGUGGAAAGUAGUUUCUGACGAAAUACUGGAUACAAUCUCAAUGGAAAUUCACAAAUUAGAGGCUACCUUCAGUUCUUCCAUUUCAGCGGUUAAAGAAACGUAUAUUGGUCUAAGUCAAACUAAUGCCACAUCAUUGUGCUCGUUCUUUGAUGAAAUAAUGCAUACAACGGAUACGAUUGGACAACAACCGUUCUUACAGGCUCCCCUACCGUUUGUUCAAAGAUCUCUCAAACAUUUAUUAGAAUCAACAAUUGUUAACAAAUUCUCUUCUGCCAAACAAAGCGUUUGCAAUGGCAUUGUAGAAUUUUCGCUUGAAAAAUUUUGCGAUUUAUUAGAGCAUUCAUGGGGUCAAAAAGUGUGCUAUGAUAUCAAUGUUGGCGACAAGAAAUUUGUGGUUACUUUGAAAUUGUUGAACUAUCCUAUCACCUCAAACGAGGGAUUGUACGUAAAGUCGAAUGUAUUUGGUGAUUCUGCUCUACCAUCAAUCCUAGGUACAAAAGACAGUAUUUCAUUGAACACCAAUGCUAACUUUGAAAUUCAUUUCGCUUGCAGUUGGAGCAAUGGUGUUUCGUUUGAAAUUUUAGAUGGCACAUCAUUCAAUAUCAACACAAAUUUCAAGAUGAAUGGAAAUUUAAAGGCAUCCUUAGGUCCUCUUAAUCUAAUGCUUGCUAGUGCAGAUGUUUUUAUAGGUAGCCCCACAGUUUUAUCAAUCUCUUUAAACAAUGGUGCCAUUGAGUAUUCAUUGACAGGAAAUGCUGGUUUCGAUGCGAUGGUAUCAUUUUUUGACUUGUCCGCUUGUCAAUUAUCUGUUCAAGUUCCUAAUAUUGAGAAAUUUUUAAUUGGAGCGCCCAAUGCGUGGGUUAUUGAUCAACACACAUGUCCUUCAGGAUCUUUUUCUAAGACUGUGAAUGAUUUAUUGCAGGACCAUACUUUACUUGACUUCUUUAAAGAUCCCAGCACCUUUAUUGCUCAAUGGGAAAAUAAUUUCUCUGCCUUGAUUAAGAGAUUGUUUAUUGGGCCUAAUGGUCUAAUUCAGACAGUCGCAGUACCUCUGAUUGAUAAAGAAAUUCAGAAGUUGAUUCAAAAAGAAUUUACCAACCUUAUUGGACCAGAGAUGACCAAUGAAUUAGUGGUAGACAUUACACAAAUGGUGAAUGAUGUCAUUCAAGGAAAAGCUCCAAACCUUGAUUCUAUUGAUCAAUUUAUUCUGAAAGAGUUUACAAUCAUUUUGUGCAGCAAAUUACAACCAAUUCAGUGCCCAGAAGUACCAGAUGUUCAUUCCGAUCAAUAUGAAUGGAAGUUUGAAAUUAAGCGACUGGUUAAGCACUCAAUUACCAAUGUUGACUUUGAUUUAGGCGCUUCAUCUAAAGGCGCUCGGUUGCAAUCACAAACAGAGCUUGAAUCAGAAAUAGAUUAUGAUUUCAGAUUUAACUUAAUCUUCAGUAAGACAAACGGCAUACUAGUUACAUUUGAAGACGGAUAUGUCAUUAAAGGAGUAGCCGAUGUUAAAAUCGGCAAUGCACUGCUCGAAGGUGAGCUAGGUUUUAUUGGCGCAGAGAUUGUUGUAGAUCCACAGAGUGAUUUCCACGCAGAAUUUGGUGUAAACAGCGACUGGACAUCAUUCUUUAGAGUAAAUGCUAUCCUAUCAGGAAAAGCAGAGCUUGGCUUUGCAGGCAUUAUCAAGAAACUAUUGAAAAAUGUUCAAGAUCCGCUCGAUGCCUUACCUCAUUUUGAGAUAACACUUGAAUUUAAGUGGGAUUGGGAAAUGGGUAAAUCCACAUCAACCACACCUGCAUUUUCCAUUUCUGAGCCAACUCUUUGUAUUGGAACAUUAUUAGCUCGGAUGGCAGAUGGAGCAAGAAAACAAGCAGAAAAAGUUUUAUCCAAUUUAGACAAAAUAUUAGGCCCAAAUGCUUUCUUGACGAAGGAAGUUCCUGUACUUUCUCGUAUAUUUGGUAGAAAGAUGAAUGUAGCUGAGCUUGGUAUCUUCUUGGCAAAACACUUUUGCUCUGGAAGUUGUGACGCAAUCAACGUUGAAGAAAUCAUUGAUGCAUACAACAAGCUAUACUAUUUGAUGGACAAGCUUCAAGUAAUUAGAAAUUUCCUUUCCGUAAUGAAUGGAUGUGGUAUUAGGCGUAAAUUUAGUCAGUUUAUUGUUGACCUUGAGAAACCCGAAGAUCCUGUUUUACAUGUUGGAGAUUUACCAGAUCAAAACCUUAUUUUUGAUGAUACAAUUCCACCAAAUAUGAAAAGUGAAAUUUCAGCUACAUGGUCAAGCAUUGAAACAAGAAGUUCUAGCUUCCAUGUACCUCUUUUUGAGAAUCCAAAGCUGAUACCAUCAGCUGUGGUUGGCUUGAUAUUUGGAAAGGACUUUGAUUUGGUUGAAAUUGUUCUACCAAGAAUGGUCAUGUCAUACUCGGCCCAUUUUGGAUUUCCCAUUUGGGCUUGGCCAUAUGUCGAAUUAUAUGUUGAGGCUUCCGCUGGUCUUGUUAUUGAUCUUCCAACGCUUGCCUAUUCAACAAAGGGAAUCAGAGAUGCCAUUCAAACGAAACAAAUCACAAAUCUAGUUCGAGGUAUGGGAAUGAUUACGAGAAAGCCAGAUGGAUCACCACUGUGGAUUGUUUCAGGUUAUGCACGACUCACCGGUGGAGUGUCCGUCAGUGUUUUUAUUUUCAAAGGAAGCGCAUACGCUUUUCUUCAAGCCAAUGCCGGUGUCACAGUUUUGGAUAUUAAUGGAAAUCAGAUGGUUACCUUUGAUGAGCUCUUUUAUUUGAUAUCGAAAUACGGCGUACUCAAUACUGUUACAUUCCAAAUGGAAAUUUCCGCAGGAUUUGGUUUCAACAUUAAGGCAUGCAUUCAUGUGUGGUUUGUCCAUAAAUGUUGGACCAUUGUUUCGCAAGAAAUUAAGACUCCUGUUUUCCCAAAGCUCACAUUUGGAGGAAAAACUAUGGCACCAGUUGCAGAUAAGAACAGUAAUUUGAACCUUGAACAUGUAUCGGAAUACACCUCUACAAGCGACAAUCCAUCUGUGUAUAGAAUAUACCCAACUUCACUCAAAGAUGCAUCACAUGUGGUUGGUUUCACUACACCCUCUGGAUCUCUUGCUCAAAACGCUCCUCCACUCACGGCACCUAAUACAGGCGCUUCUUCAAUUGGAUUUUAUGGAAAUCCAGGGUCCAAUCCAUUUGAAAUCCACGUCCAGGGCUAUCAAGGUCUCGUGACAAUUCCGCCACUUGCUACUGUUACCUCAAGAAUCUCUCUGAGUUCGUACAAAAAGUCCUCUGCAUUCACCAUCUCACCUACCUUUAUCACUCCUAACACAGACGGCAUGGGCAUCCAAUUCACUCCAGGAAGAUGUGCUCGAGCUAUUCUUGAAGAGGCCGAUUUUGGAACAUUAUUCAGCCUUAAAGGCUCUCCUUGCACUGUUUCUCUCGCAGUUGCCCAAAAAUCACAAGUCAACAUUGAUUCCCAAGCCACUGAUUAUAGAGGACCACUGUACAUUUCCGGACCUGGUGAAAUAACUGUAACAAUUCCAAGUUCUCAAUAUCAGAUUUCAUCAUCUUCCAUUAAUUUAGAUGACAACAAUAAUUUCAUUCAGCUACAAAACGAUAUGCCUGUCAUUAAUGUUUUUGCACAAAAUCAACCAUCUACAUUCAUCAUUGACAAGGUGGCUUUAGGAAGUGCAGUGACAGCUGUGGGAGGAAAUGCCGAUGAUCAAUUCCAUGUCACAGACUUGGCAGCAAUACAAGGCUCUCUGUAUUUAUCAGGAGGUAGUGGAGGUAUCAACUUGGGAACUGUAUCAAUUAAUGUUCCACCAGGUAUUUCUGAGAUUUAUGCUACAAGCUCGUCUAUUUCUCUUGGUAGAAACCAUUCAGUUCGUUGGACCAAUUUAGAACAUCGAAGAUACGACAUUGUAAACAAGAACGAUGGCGGUUUAGUGACAGUUUCAUAUUUCUCUCCAGAUGAUUUUAAUUCAAUUCAUGUCACAACUGACAACUCUCCUCAAGGAACCAUCUAUCACAAUAUUUCUUCAUGCCAAACUCGUAACGAGUUUAGACUUGAUUUAAAGGGAGGAGGUGACCAAGUAGUAUAUAUCAGCCAAAACGGUGAGCUCUCAUCGCUUCAAUGUUCUCUUUACAUUCAGGGCGUGGAUACCAAUAACGAAGCAUAUGCCGUAGUAAUUGAUGCAAGAAAUGAAAAGCGACCUUUACGAUAUGCAUUCGAAAAUGGUAGAAUUACUGUUGAUGAUCCAAUCAACACGGAUUUCAUGACCAAUAUUUAUUUAAGGCAAAUUUCAAGAUUACAAAUUCACUACAGCGAGAACCAAUAUUCAGAAAUUAGAUUCAUUCAAGGUUCCAUCAAAACAGAAUAUCAUUUCUCAUUCCCUGCAGCAUUUUCCACUCCAGAAUUUGUUCCUGCUGUAUAUCUUUGCUCAACUGCUAUCAAGUCGACCAUUUUGAUCUCUGGUAUGUCCUCAAUCUCUGUUGGACCAAAACAAGGAGUGUGCAGCCAUGCAGAGGCAAACCCACUAGCAAACAUUAUGAGUAUGGUUGCAAUUUCAGGAAGCUCUCAACUUACAAACAUUGAUGUCUCGAAUUACAACAAUAAUGGAAAUCAACAUUUCUCAAUGAACGAACGAUGUCUAGUUGCCACAGACUCUGACGGCAAACCUCUUAUACCAGUGGAGCCACCAACUCCAUGGAUGCAGUCAUUAUUAGAUGUGAACGGAUUCACCAACACGUUGUGUCAAGUUGCAUAUAAUCCUCGCAGCUCUCGUUUCAAUAUCAAGACUGGUUCAGGAGACGAUACUUUUGUGGCUAGAGGAGUCACAGCUUCAUCACUUACAGUUGAUCUUGGUGAUGGUAAAAACAACAUAUUCCAUGCUGAAACAGAAACACCUGCAGUUUAUAAAACUGGAAACGGGGCCAGUAAAUUUGUUCAAGUUAGUCCAACAAGCAGCAUUGAACUGACCAUGCUCAGUGUUCCUUCUAAACGGAAUAUUAUUGAAUUCUUUACUGCAGACUUUGCAUCCUCAAUGUAUGGUAAUACAAUAGUAGGACCAAUAGGACCAAAUACUCAACAAGAUAUUGCUCAUAUAACGUGCAAUAGAUCUGACUUGAUUACGCUACAUCAUUCAUAUCCAGCAAACUAUAAACCCAGCUCCAACCAUUAUUUGAGAGGAGGAAAUAUUAAAUUGCUACAAAACGACAUGAGAACCGUAUGGGUUAACGUAACAGAGACAGCUACAACACGACAAAUUGAACUCUCUACAGACACCUUAUUUAAAGUUUCACAAAUAGGGUUUGAUUCAACUGUGGUUUUUUUGGGCGUCACACAAUCAGGCUCUUUUCCUACAAAUUGGAUUGUUAAUAUUGAUCUUGUUGACUAUUCAACUCCGUCUAGAAUUUUCAUAGACACAAAGCCAUCUACCAACGGAACAAUACUUGUAGAUGUCAAAGAGAAUGGAUCAAUUCAAAAUUAUCCUCUCCAACUCUUUUCUGACACCCCAAUGAACUAUGCAGUUCUGAAUCUUGGAGUUUUCCAUGUUGAGGCUCUAGGGGUCCGAAAUUUGAGAGUUAAUUCAAAAGAGGAACCAAUACAUGCAGUUGUCGAGAGCACUCCAGAUACGUUGGAAGCUGUAUUUGACUUUACAAGCGCCUCAAAAGUACUAGUGAAGAGCAUGAGUGGCUCAGUGGUUAUUAAUAAUGCAGAUGUCACCGUUGAACCUAGCAGCUUUUCAAAAACGUUGGUGGUCACCGGAAUACAUUCUACAAUAGCGGUUCAAACUUCCACUAGCAUGGUGCUGAACUCCGGUUGUCUUAAACCUGCAGAUCUUUCGGUCAACAACGUACCAUCCGAAUGGCUUGCUGCAAUUUUGGAAGAAUUUACAAUCUCUCCACUUGCAUUCAAGUGUUCUAUGUAUACAAAUAUCAUUGACUUGCUUGACAUUUCAACACCAAACUUACAAGCAAUCAACUUUGACCAACUAUUGAAGUCGAUCAUUGUUAGAAAUUCUGUCUUGACCCUUGUUGACUACAAAGCACCAUGGUCAGACGUGACACUCACAAACAAUACGCUUUCUGUUGACAGUCGAUACGAAGUAACUCUUAUGAAUACUCAUACCUUCAUCAACUCAUCCUUCUCUGAAUCGAGUAUGCUUACAUUUGUUGGUGAUUCCAAUAACCAAUUUCCACUUCAAAUACACUUCAACCAUUUUUCAUCCAACCAGUUUGCAGUGGUAGAGUGGAACACUGCUCAGCAUCUCAUUUAUAUUAACCCCUCUAGCAAUUUUGUGCUACCAAACAUUUACAUUCUUAAUAAUGUUCAAUCAUUGGGAACUCACCUUACGAAUGAUCCUCAACUACCAAGUAGUGAUUUACAGGUUGUGUUUGAACGAGAUUCUCUCAAAGUUUAUGACAAGGGCUCUGUCACCCUAUUAGACAUUGUUUGGUAUAAUCACCCAAUGAAUUCCCUACUUGACAUUAAUGGUAAAAAGACAACGUCCAUCACAUUCCAAAAUCAGCCGUUCGACGAAAAUUACAUGUUCACUAUUCAGUCAUCAAAAGGAAGCGAUACAUUGUUGCAAAUUAUAGAGCAAUCAGAAGUUCAAGGUGUUCUUGAGGUGGCCAUGAACGGCUCAAGUUGGCCUGGUCUCAUAAACAUUGGACAAAUGGUUAUUUCGUGCUCUCCAGAUAGACUUGCGUUUAACAUGUUGAGUCAUGUCUCUACCAUUCUUAAUGGUGUUCCUGGCAAUGCUGAAUUUAUAUUUAAUUCUGAGAAAAUAAGCUACAUGGACAUGGAAACUGUUGUAAACAACAUGAUUACAUCUAACACAAUUGUGGACGUGGAUGACAACCUCCUCAAUCAUGACUACCUAAUAUUAGUCACUGGAAAGAACGUAGAGACAACAGUGAACACUAAUUUGACAUCGCUUGAAUAUAAUUCUGGCUGUAUUUUGAGAGUGAACAGAAAUCAUGCAACUGUCAUGUCACCAUGGUUCCAGGAUGCAUUGAAAAAAUACUCCAUAUCAUAUCCUUCACUGUCUCAAUGCUCCCUCUUCCUUCUUGAUACGCAUAAGCUGAGAAUACAAUCGGUGGAAGAUACAAUUUUACGAAACCUCAACUCGAACGUGAAUGUUAAAGAAGUAGUUGUGGGAAAGGUCACAUUUCUCUCUUUGACGAUAGUUCGAAGUGGAAUUAUAUUUCUUUCAACUCUACCAAUUUAA